GUAAAAAAAUCAAAAGAUACGCAUGACGCAUAUGGGAAAGUUAUUGAUUCCAUGCAGACCAACUAUAACAAGAGGUUGCAAAGUCAGGAUGAUUUGAUCAAGAUGCUGGCCGUUAGUAAUAUUAAUGUAACAAAUAAGUUGCUAAACCAUGUAACUAGUACUAGUAAGGCAAAAAGUGCUUCAGGGGAUAAUAUGAAAACUUUAAAACUUUUGAAUAAGGAGCAAACACAG